UGUAACACUUUACGCGAAUUUGGAUACAAUUUUUUGGGAUUCGAAUGUGUAAUAACGUUUUAAAAAAAUUCUCUGUUGGCCAAAAGCAGCGCAAAAAUUACACAAGUGAAACACAAACCGAACAGGCUAAAUUUUCGUAGAUGUUAGAGCCAUCGAAGGGACCACUAGCCGCAGGACAACGCCCACUUGGAUUGCAGUCAGGAUCGGAUCGCAAAGGAGCCACCUCCACCUCCACCUCGAUGGGAAUGGAUCUCGGACUGGAGGAGCGGAGCGGCGAUCAGCCCGCGGAGAAGAGCAGCUACGUCAGUCUGUCGCAGAACUCGACUGUCCGGGAUUCGAUGAGUGCCAGCAGCUUGGGCUUCAGGGACCACUCCUGCCCCAGUGUCCUGAGGAUGCCCAAGAACGGCAAGAAAGGCAAGGAAAGCAAGGAGGUCGAUCUGGGGUUGAGCGACGGAGAACCGGAGGACUAUCUCGACUCGGACGGAAGCACAAAGAGUCCGCCGCCCUCGGAGGCCAUUGGAAGCAAGCUGAAGGAGGAGCUCAGCAAGUACAAGCAGGAGCUCAAGGAGUACAACGAGACGACCAAGGACCUGGAGGAGAAGUACAUGCAGAUCAACUACGAGCUGUGCGAGAUGCAGCAGAAGCACGACCACUUCGUGACCAGCAGGGCUCAACCCUCGCCAAUGGACAUGGAAAGUGAGCCGGAUCCGGAGGGGUUCUACAGCUCCGCCAGCAGCGUGGCCUCGCAGCUGACCAUCAAGCGGAGGAGCCCCCAGAUCCUGCGCAGCAACACCAGCUUCAUGACCGUCCUCUCCGGCCGGAGUUCCUGCGACGACAUCUCCCACCAGAAGUACCCGUCCCAGAGGAGCGGUCACCAGUCGAAGGAUCGGCGCAAGCACAACGUGUACGACAGCCACAUUGUGGAGACGCUGGCCAACCGACAUGCUCAGCGGAGGAAGAGGUCCCUGGAGCACGAGGAGCGCGACAGGGAGCCUGCCUCCUUCAAGGACGUGUACAGUGUGCUGAAGGACGUGAUGAACACCUCACAGGAUAACAAGUACAAGCACGAACGGGAUCGGGAGAGGAAGCGCGACAGAGACGGAGGCGAUGGAGACCUCAACCAGCUGCUGGGCACCAUCAAGAGCCUCAAGAGCGAGCAGCUGCAGUUCAGGACGCUCAUCCGGCAGCAGCAGGAGCGGAUCGCGGACUACCACAGCCGCUGCGUGAAGGCGCAGGACAUCAUGAGCAGCCAGAAGCACGAGAUCGACAAGCUGCACGUGAACAACAGGACGCUGGAGUCGAGCAUCCACCGGGACAUCGAGGGCCUGCGCUCCAAGAUCGACUCGAAACUGAAGAGCGUCUCGCACCUGCCGAAGAUGAUGCGGGACGAGCACUCCAAGCACGAGAAGGUCAUGCGGGAGAACUGCCUGCUGGCGGACAAGCUGCGCGUCCUGCAGCAGGAGGCCAUGCAGCUGAAGGCCAAGAUCGACGAGCUGGGCCGCCGCAAGCUGGUCACCGUCAACCGGCUGAAGGCCGCCGAGCGGGACCUCAAGAUAUUCAAGAACUACAACGCGGCCCUCAAGACGGAGAAGAGGAAGCUCACCCAGGAGCUCUCCUCGGUGAAGGAGGAGCUGGAGCAGCUCCAGGCGAGCAGCAAGCGGCAGCUCUCGCGCCACCGCGAGCAGAGCGAGAAGCAGCGCCGGGAGCUGCAGAAGCGGAUCUACGACCUGGAGCUGAAGCUCUCCCGCAGCCAGAACUCCACCUCCGGCCUCAUCCAGGAGCGGGACAGCCUGAUCGCCGAGCUGCAGACCCAGCUGCACACGCUCGUCCACAACUUCGAGGUCUCGCAGAAGCACAUCCGGGUGCUCCGGCGGCACAUCUACUCCAUGACGACUCCGGGCGGUGCGGGCAUCCCCUCCGCCGGCGGCGGUGCCCCUGCAGGCAUUGCGGGCUCCCAGCGGCCCAGUCUGAUCAGGAUCAGCCAGCUGCCCCAGGGAUCCAGCCUCGGACGACUCGGCAGCCCGCGAACGCUGAGGGGAAAGAUCUAGGAUCUAGGACUUUGCUCCUGGAUCGCUUCCCUCGGCCGUCCAGGCAACUUGAAGGUACGGCUCCCGACUCUCGGACCCGAUCCUCAAGUUGCCUGGGCUCCUUACGGCGCUAACGAGCCACCGAUACUUUCACUCUGAUCGUGAAAACGAACCCUUUUUAAUACUUCGACUAAUGGCUGGUUUUUUAAUGGGCAGUUGGGAGAGCAAAUGGAUGCAAUCGUUUGUGAGCGUUCUAAAAGUAUAAAGCGUCACAACAGAAAUGUUAUAAAUCGGAUCGAGGAAAACUACAUAUCUGAAGGAAAUAUCACGGGAAUUUUAAGCACA